UUGACAUUGUCUGUACCGCUUUAUUUCUAGACUGGUGGUUUUUCAGAGACCACUGUUGAAAUAAUAUUUUUGUGAGAUUUGUGCGUGAACGGAGAGGAAAUGAACAAAAUCACCUGGUUAUGUGUUUUUGGACUGGUCAUAGCGGCUACACUUCCCACUAGUUGGCAAAUGGCUAUUGAAUCACGGUUGGUUUCUGAAGAGGAAAAUGGAGCUGAACACUUCCUUGCCAAAGCUAAGCGACACAAUGAAGGAACAUAUGGCAGUGACUACACUGAACUCAUGGACAGGGAGAAAGCAAGGGAAUUUGUGCAAUGGCUUAUUAAUCAAGGCGCUACAGUUCCUCCAGGUUUAGUUUGAACUCUGGAGCAGACGUUGUCUGAGCUUUGAUGGCCACCUUCAACAAACAGCAAGAGUUUCCUUUUCUUUAGUCCAAAUUGGAAAAUGAUAAAUACUUAAGUGAUAAAUAAAAUGAGGCCAUCAAAACAUUGA